AAACCGGAAACACUCUCUGCUUUUGGCGGGGUGUCAGCCAUCUUGGAAUCACAUCACCGUGUGGAGCGAGGUCUCCUGUUUUACGCUGCUGCAGCUCAUUGAUUGCUUUACUUUGGUUCAUCUGAAAAAAACGUUGCUCUGAUUCCAACUGAAACCAGCAGACAGCGCUCAAUUUACUGUCUUUUAACUUCGUAGUGAAGCAAACUCAGGAUAGAUCGGCAUGGCGACUGUUCGCGUUACUCCAAGCCGAGAAACUGGUCGGCCAGCGGCCUCUUCGCCUCUGUCCCCCACCAGGAUAUCCCGCCUUCAGGAGAAACAAGACCUGCAGCAUCUCAACGACCGGUUGGCCGUUUACAUCGACCGUGUCCGGUCGCUGGAGCUGGAGAACGACCGAUUGAUGGUUAAGGUGUCUGAGAAGGAGGAGGUUACUACCAGAGAGGUAACAGGCUUGAAGGCUCUGUAUGAGGCAGAGCUGGCUGAUGCUCGACGGGUUCUGGAUGAAACGGCUAAAGACAGAGCCAGGCUUCAGAUCGACCUGGGGAAGGUUCAGGCCGACCUGGAUGAAGCCACCCGGAGUUCCAAAAAGAAGGACAGCGAUCUGGCUGCGGCACUGUCCAGGGCCAAUGGGCUGGAAGGGCAGCUGAAUAAGAGCGAAGCAACUCUUGCCACAGCUUUGAGUCAGAAUGCUGCACUCAUUUCAGAACUUGCUGAUGUAAAGAACCAGCUGGUGAAGGCUGAAGACAGCCAUGCUGUGGCAAAGCGGCAGCUGGAAGCAGAGACCUUGAUGCGUGUGGACCUGGAGAAUCGUUGUCAAUCGCUCAGUGAAGAGCUGGAGUUCAGAAAAAACAUGUUUGAAGAGGAGAUGCGUGAGAGCCGCCACCGCCAGGAGCAGAGGAUUGUGGAGGUGGACUCUGGAGUCAGACAGGACUACGAGUUUAAACUGGCGCAGGCUCUGCAGGACCUGAGGAAGCAGCAUGAUGAGCAGAUUUCUCUCUACAAGGAGGAACUAGAGCAAACCUUUCGGGCAAAGCUGGAUAAUGCCAAGAUGUCGUCUGAGAUCAACGACAAGGCCAUGGGCGCAGCCCGCGAGGAGCUGCAGGAAUCCCGAACUCGAAUGGAGAGCCUGGGCUACCAGCUGGCCACACUGCAGAAGCAGGUGUCAGCCUCAGAGGAUCGCAUCAGAGAGCUGGAGGACAUCCUGUCUACAGAGCGCGAUAAGCACCGGCGUGCUGUUGAGGCUAAGGAGCAGGAGAUGACUGAGCUGAGAGAGAGGAUGAACGCUCAGCUCAGCGAAUACCAGGAGUUGCUGGACGUCAAGCUGGCUCUGGACAUGGAGAUCAAUGCAUACAGGAAGCUGCUGGAGGGAGAGGAGCACAGACUGAAACUGUCCCCAACCCCGUCGGCCCAAGUGACAGUUUCCAGGAUAUCGGGCUCGUCCUCUUCCCGUUCCUCCAAGAGAAAGCGAGGCGAGGUGGAGGCAGCCGACCUGUCUGAGCUGGCUAAGGGAGAUGAGCAGCUGCUGGUGUCUGAGGAGGCCAGCGGCGCCGUCACCAUAUCACCCACCGACAUGGACGGAAGCGCCAUCACACUCAACAACCAGAGUGAACAGGACCAGCCUCUGGGCAACUGGAGGCUGAAGAGACAGGUUGAUGAUGGAGAGGAGGUGGUCUACAAGUUUUCCCCAAAGUUUGUUCUGAAGGCUGGCCAGUCUGUCACGGUGUGGUCUGCUGAUGCUGGUGUAGCUCACAGCCCACCCACUGACCUGCUGUGGAAGAGCCAAGCUUCCUGGGGAACAGGAAGUGUUGUCAUCACCUCUCUGACCAACGUGGAUGGCGAGGAGGUCGCCCGCCGCAGCGUCACCAAGACUCAGGUGGAGGUUGAGAACGGAGAUGGGCCUGAAGAGGAAAUGGCUCAGAAGGUCAAAGUGUCAUCUAGAGAGUGUGCCAUCAUGUGAAAUCCUCUGGUGAUAUUAAAGCCUUGGAGCUUCUUAUCUCUUUACUCACUUUUUUACAUGUAUUUUUUUAUUGAAAGACACUCAGAUGUUGACAUCAUCUGAUUAUGUUUUUUUUGAUCCAAGAAAUCCUUGGUAUAGAAAUGAGUUUUCUCUUCUUCAGAAUAUAACCAGUCAAACCAGUGGAUCCAGAAGCAGUAUUCCAGUUGGACAUCCCCUCAUCAAUAUCAGAUUUAGUCCUAAAUGAGUGAACAUACAAUUUUUAAUGACAGCAGGUUGAAACCUAAAAGACGAGCUGAGCUCAGCUCAGAGUUUUUCCUUUGAAAACGACAAUUCCUUUCAUCUCUUAAACAUUGUGUUAUAUUACCAGUAUGCUCAGACACAAACACUUUUUAGAUUUGCAUAAGUUAGAAGGAGGACAGAUGGAAUAAUGCAUUAUGUUGUUUGCAGGGAUUUGUCAGCAUAACAUUCCUCUGCCAUCAGUCCUCAAUACAUCCCUCUGUUAUCUUCAUUCUGUUACUUUUUCUGUCAUUUAUUCCAAGUAAAUCGGUUCAUUAGAUGAUCAUCAAAUUCAACAUUUCUGUAUGGAAAUGCUUUUUAAGGUUUAGAAUCUUGAUUUUAAAGCAUGUAUACCAAUUCUAACUUUUGAUGAAUAUAGAUUUUUGCAUAAGGACAAACAGCCAGCAUAGAUUUGGUCUAAUUUAAACUUCUUCUUAGUUUGAAAUGAAAAUGUCCAGAAUGUUUUUGCUGCCAUGGACUGGUUUGUAGUGAGGAAUGUUUCCAGUGUGUGUUUAUUUGGCUACAUAGGAGCAUGUGAAACACUAGGAGGAAUGUUUGCCAGCUGUCAGUACAGGAACAUGCAAAUGUUUUUGCUGUUGAUUUUUUAAAUAGUUUUUUAAAAUUGUUAUUCUAAAGUCAGCUUUUUUUGCCCAGUACUUAAGAGCGCAUGGGAUGAAAGCAAGUACAGAUUUUAAAACUCAUAUUUUCAGAAUAAAGUUACUUGUGUGUGGCUGUGAGUAACUUUAUUCUGAAAAUAUGAGUUUAACAGCCAUGUUACAUAUUACUUCACCCCUCAACUCCCCCUUCAGCUGCCUGGUGAAGGGGGAGCCAGAUGUUGGGUCUCUGUUUUUAUCUCCAUAGCAACCAGACAGUAAAAUUUUGACCUGUUGCCUCCUCUGUUCACAUCAGCUCUUCCCUUCAUCUCCAGUUUAGUGGCUUGUGCAUCUUCAGGCCAGCUUAAGUCACUAACCAUGAUCAUGUGUAAGCCUUCUGCAGCUCAGUAUGCUGUUGAACUGGAAGCAAUGGGACUAUACCACUGUACAUUCUCAGAACUUUGGGGUCACAGUAAGAGGCAGCCAUGUUGGCCCCAUGACCCUAAGAGCUUUUAGGAAUACUUUUGUCUUCAAACCCUUGACUUUGGGUGUUUUUGGACAACCUCCAGAAGCAUCUGUUGACAGUAGGUUUGUCUUAAAGAAGACAAAGCUAGCAUCACUUGUCAUACAUCAUCAUCCCACGUUGGUUGGCCAUACACUGUCUUAUUCUGAGCUACAAAAAGACAAUCUCUGGAGGCUUCCUAGUGGAGAAGGCCACAUGUCACUACUAUGGUGAGUUCUUGCCUUUUAGUUUGUUUCCUGCCACUGACUAGGAAUGAUCAACAUGUCUUCCUGACUCCUUUGAGUGGUGUCAUCUCAAAGGAGAGGACACCACUUCUACAUCAGAAGUUCAUUGAUUUUCAGAAUAAAUCAUUUAUUAUAUUAAGGACUUAGCAUCAGUGAUGAGCUGUGUUUGAAAUUGUACAAGGGACUGCCGUUUCUCUUAAAGAAGAGAAUUAUGGUUUCUCUCCCAGCUUUUUGAUGUCAGAUACCAAAGCAGCAACUUUCUUUAAACACAGUCAUCGCCAGUCCACAGCCAUCGUAGGUCCCUGGACAGGAAGCUCCUAUGAUGCAGUGAUUAAAGUGAUCAUAGUCCAUACUGGUUACUGUAGUACAUGAGAAAUGUUUGAUUUGGUUUGAGGUAUUUUAGUAACUGACUUUUUCUUGUGUUGGAAUGCUGUGCUUUAUAAUGUUAGUUUGGUUUUUCUUUUAUUUUAAAUUUGUGAUUUUGUAAUAAUUGUGUUAAUAUUUACUAUGAUAAUUGAAUUGGGAGUUUUGUGAUGAAAUGUUUGUAGAUGGUUAAUGCAGAACCUGAACAUGUAGCCACAGAGAUGCGAAAACAAGCCUGAAUUGAAAACAGCAGCUUAUCACCAACUGGCUGCUGCACAUGCUACAGUCUCUGGUAGAUGAGUUCAAGCUGACUGUUUUACAUUAAUUAAAUUUUCUGGAGAAAGUUUCUAGUCUCAAAUUUUAAGAGGUACAUCUGCCUUUCAUGUGAGAUAUGACAUGACUGAACACCAAUUCUUUUAUCUGUAAUGAUCUGGUAACCUACUUUUUUACAUACAAUAAAAAUUUUACAUUUAA